CUACUACUAAGUAGUGAUAUGUGACCCAGCGCCCCUUCUAGAAACAACCGUGUCGUUUGGUAUUCCCUUGAGAGACCCAAGACCACCCUGUCAGAAAAGACUAAUUGGCUGUUCUAUGAGCUAAUCCAUAGAUAAUUAGCAGUAGUCACAACUUGUUCAUAUUUACGUAUAUGGUCGACGCAUCUGAUCUUGAAGUUGUACUGCUUCUUUGUCUCAAGAGUUCAACCAGCAAUUAAUGUCUAAACAGCUGCAAGAAGCGUCAAAGACAGCACCGAAGGCAGCUCCAAGACCGCGCCCUCUGCCACCGAGUCCUGUGCCAGUCGAGAAAGUCUUGAAUGCGAAAUCGUACCGGGAGCUGCUGAGCUUGGCUGAGGCACUAAAUGUUGAGGGAAGCGAAGCGGACAGUACGGAGCAGUUGCGAGAACUACUUCUCACACAUAUCAAACUCUCCUAUCGCUUAGACGUGCAAACGAGGGCUCCGCCUAUUGCCGAAACUCUAUCGCUACUCACACAGUACAGUGAGACAAAAAGACAAUUCCUAGAGCUAGUGAACGAGACGGAAGACUUUGUUUAUGGAGAUGUUCUUGAGUGGUUCGUAAAACUCCGAAUCACUAGCGACAAAGUGUGGGUAAAACGUGAAGAUUUUCAAAACAUUAGAGACGAAUGUGAGAAGAAACCAAUGCUGCUGGUUGCAGGUAAUUCGAUCAUUUGCCAAAGCGUAAGUGUUGGUAUUGCAUUCAUUUAA